GAAUACUUCUGUACUUUUACUGCAUGAAGAUGAGAAUACUUUUACUUGUAUUUGUACAUUCUUGUAUUUGUACUAUCUAAGUAAAGGAUCGGAGUACUGAACCAUGUUAUUACUUGUAUUUAUGUGUACACAGAAUUUUGCUCUGGAAUAUUCUCUGUGUUGUUGUUUACAGUGUGACGUGUUUCCGGUCCGCUGCACGCAGACAGGUGAGAGUUGAUGCUUCCUACGUGACGGUGCGCGUGUCUCUGUGAUCAGUAGACUGGGGAACCUGCACGCGCUCUGUUGUCACCACGUUGUCCUCCAGAGGGGGCGGGAAUUUCUUCUCUAUAUACAAGCCGCCUCCCGAGGACUUCUGACCGGCCACAGCACACGGGCCGCCAGGCUGCCGGGCACACAUGUCCCGCUCACCUCUCCAGUCCCUGAGUAUGAAUAACGGUCUGGAGGAGGUGGAGGAGGAAGAUCUGGACGACGAGGUGGACGCUUCUCACCUCAGGUUUAUGAAGGACCGGAGGAGAGCCAGAUCCUUGCCCGCACUCCUGGUCGGCGUCUCCGGGAGUAACGGGAGGAAGCGGGUGAAGUUCGCCGACUCCAUGGGCCUGAACCUGGCCAGCGUCAAGCACUUCAGCUCGCUGGAGGAGCCGCAGAUCCCGAGUAAAGUCCUGUCCCGGCACAAGAGCUUCCCACCGCAGCAGGACUUACUGAACGACCUGUGCCAGAGCUUCAAGUCCAGCCUGAACACGGACCGGCUGGUCGCCUGCUUCCCGGAGCCCCGGGACGCGGAGCAGAGAGUCCAGCGGCUCCGCGUCUGCCUGGAGAAGGUCACCAUCACCCAGUUCGACGUGCGGGGACAGAUCCGGGUCUCGACCAGCUGCACCGACAAAGAGGUCGGAUUGAGGUACACCUUCAACGACUGGCUCUCCUACGUGGACGCGCAGGCUCUGCCCGUGGCCGCGGAUCAGCCGGGCACCGCGGAUCAGCGGUUCAGCUUCACCGUGUACACGCCGCCCUUCAUGGACCCCAGCUCUGCCGUGCACUUCUCCGUGUACGUGCGGAGCGAAGAGGGGGAGUUCUGGGACAACAACGAGGGGAGGAACUACACCCUCCAGUACCGCUGCAUGCCCGGCACCACGCCGUUUGUCAGCACCGCGUUCCACACCACCUGACCGCGCGUGAAACCUAUACAUCUGUGCAUAACACCCAUUACUCUGUGCGUAAAACCCAUUAAUCUGUGCGUAGAACCCAUCAAUCUGUGCGUAAAACCCAUCAAUCUGUGCGUAAAACCCAUUAAUCUGUGCGUAAAACCCAUUAAUCUGUGCGUAAAACCCAUCAAUCUGUGCGUAAAACCCAUCAAUCUGUGCGUAAAACCCAUUAAUCUGUGCGUAAAACCCAUUAAUCUGUGCGUAAAACCCAUCAAUGUGUGCGUAAAACCAAUAAAACCUGUACAUCUGUGCGUAAAAAAACUCUCCAUCCGCUGUGCACGCACAUGCUGUUUCCCACCUGCUGAAUAAAAACUAUUCUGGGUCACACGACGAGUCUUCUUGAGAUCAGGGAACUUGUAUUUCUUCUGAAGAUCAGACUUAGUUUCCCUUCAUUUGGGACUCUGAGUGAUUUUUCUGUCAUUCAACGGACAUUUAUGGAUAUUUGUCUGAACUUGGAUCGAUGGACUCAUUCUUUGUUCCCUAUUUAAAGAAAACGUGCCUCAGUGUCAACAACCUGCUGGACGCUUUGGACCUGACGACACCAGCGUCCCUGUCUCACUGCAAAUGCAGAUACUUUUCUGAAUUAUUCCUCCUCUCUAUUGCUUUCACAUUAUUUCUGUACGGUUUGAAAUGUGAUCAAUCACAUAGAUGAUCUGAAUUCAUCUUUUAUGGAUAUUACAUUAUUGUUGCUUAAAAAUGAGCGCAGAUUGUUUAAAAAGAGUAGAAUUUAUUUUCACCCUGUACGGACAUAAAUAUGAAUCAAUGGCUGCCUGAAACUGUGGAUGAAUAAAGAACAUUCAAAUGAA